AUAAAAAUACCAAAACAAUUUGCAUUAAAAUUUCGCUAAAGUGUUAAAAAAUCUAUUUUCCGGAAAUUGCAUGCUUGUUCCUCCGACAAUUUUCACAACAAACGCGUUUAAUCCGAAAUAAACGGUAGUGCAUGCAACAAAGUUGGCGUGUCAGUUGCAAACAAGCGGGCCAACAACCCUCACACUAUAGUCAGCAAUUGUGUUUAUCGGCCACAAAACGAACCCAUGCAAAACUAAGCCAAACUGCAUAUAAUAGACGCCAUUUUGUAACGGUAAUUGCACAGUACACGUUAAUUUAACAUACCACACACUGCAAUUUUGGAAAACGUGUACGCACUGUGAGGUGUUCAAGCAAUCUACACUAAAUACACUGAAUACACUGAACACACACAUUGCUGGAGCGAAUCUCAACAAAGCGACUUUAUUUUGAACGCGGCAGACGGACCAGGACACACAACGUCAGUCAAUAUGGCCGUUAGUAAUAUUGUCUGUGAAUGGCUGCGUGCACUUGGCUUAGCACAAUAUGCCGAAAGUUUUCUUGAUAAUGGUUAUGAUGAUUUAGAAAUUUGUAAGCAAGUCGGCGAUCCCGACUUGGAUGCAAUAGGUGUAGAGAAUCCGACACAUCGCCAUAAGCUGUUGAAAAGCAUACGUCAAUUGCGUGAAAAAGGUGCUGCAUCUGUGUAUUUUAUGUUAAAUGAUCCGAACUCACUGUCGGGUAGUAUGGAAAUAUUAUGUGAAACACCACCGAACGAACUGGAUUUAGUAUUGCGCGAGCAAUUGGAAACUGAUGGCGUACGCUUAACAGCACAUCCGUAUUCUACACCGGUAAGUGCUAUUCUUAUAGUGAAU